AUGAGCAAUAACGGAUUCGAGAAUGUCCUCGGACCACCGCAGAGCUUAAGAGUUAAGGCUUGGGGAGGAGAUUUUGUAGUUGUGGAAGACGUAUCGAUCCGAGGGCGUGGCGAAGAAGCGAAGAAAUCGAUUCACAGUAUAUGCGAUUAUAUCGAUUACAUGUCUCCUGAACCGCUAGCUGCCUGCGCAUUACCCGCCAGCAACAGGGAAUACCCCGAGCUUCUCACGUUGCGCGGUCACGGAAACCAAAGGAGUUCUAGGGGCAUUGCUUUGUGGAUGUUGAUUCACUUGAUUCAAUGCCUCACUCUACCUAGUGCAACGAUUUGA